UGCAACCAUUGUAAAAUGAACAACAGUUUCAGUUGUUGGAUUUCUUUAUAAAUUUGGCUUCUUUAUAAAUGUGGCCCCACAUGCUCAGUUUCUGUAAACACUGCUACUUUUACAUCUGAAAUAUUAUUGGUUUAUUUUCAAAUAGUUGUGUUAACACUCCUGUUAUUAUUUCAGUCCAGGUUCAGUCACAUUCCCUAACAUGUUGGAACAGAAAACUCAGAAUGAUGGCAGAGACGAAAUCAGGUGUUUCCAGUUUCAACUGACAGCUCAGGGUUCUUAUUGACAGCUUGCUGAGGGGAAUAAUGUCUAACAAUCCCAAAAUCUUAUCUCUGUUAUCAUCUUUAGGUGCAUGUUUCUAGGUCUGGUUUUGCAGUGUAAGUAAUGCAGCCAUCAUAACUACAGAUGCUGUUCAUCAUCAGCUUUUAUAGAAAUUUUCCUGAGUAUCUAUUUACAUUCCUUCCAUCCGUCCUUCCCUCCGUCCCUCCCUCUUUUGCUCAUUCUCAGAAGGCUUCAUAUUUCUUUGUUUCUUGCCUUCUCUGUCCUGAUUAUUCAUUUUGUGUUAUGUCUUGAGUUUGAUGCUAGCGUUUGAACACAUGGCAUGUGAUGGCUAUUACACCGUCCUCAUUAUUCCUCUCCAGAACAGCCUCUACAGCCCUGACGCACUGCACUGCUUCCACUGGCUAAAGAGACGUAGAGAUCUGGAAAGACAAAAAGACGUCCUGUGGGCUGGACUGCAGGUUGUGGAACAAACACAGCUGUGGUACCAGAAUCGCCUGAAGCUGAAUUUACAAAGGCAAGUUAGUUUCAGCACAGGAGACUUGGAUGGAGAGGGCAGGUGGUCCUGCGCUAUGCGGUCUUGUAUGCAGCGUGUGAAUGGCAGUCUGGGUAAUCUGAUGAGUGACUCCUGUGUCUGGAACAAUCUGGCCCCAGAGGAGAGUGGAGGAUCGGACUGGGACCUCCGGUGGAGCAAUGCCACAUUGGUCAAGGAAGUGAAUCAGCAGAAUCAACAGAUUUCCAUGUUGGAGCUUGAGAAGGCACAACUUCUUCAGCAGCUGGUGUUUUACAGCACACCUGAUUGAUGACAUCCGCACAUUUUCAACUUUAAUUACAAAAGGGUUUCAUUCAAAUCACGCAGUUAACGGUAAAUAGUUAAAAAUGCUUAGAAAAGACUGAAUGUUAAAAUUAAUUUAAGCUCUGGUAUAC